CAGUAGAUGUCUAACUCAGACCUACUGUAACUUCGCUGAGCAGUAAGGAUGGGCUUCCCGCGAGGACAAGACAUGUCCGCCACAGCAACCUUUUGUUCAGUAAGUCACCUACUGUCCAUAUCACUUUGUCAACACUUUGUAGCUUGCAAAUGGCACUCACACUCCCCUAUUCUAUUCUUUAAAGACCUGGAUCUGGCCCAAGCCAAUGUUCCCAUCAGUACCCUUUGUUCUCAUCUGACUAGUCUCCUCGUUUCCCCCAGGAAGCCAUUUAUUUCAUUUGUUUUGUUUGGCAAUGGAGUAUCAAGUCUCCCACGCUGCCCUGGAACUGGCUAUGUAACUGAAGGAUAAGCUUAGAUUCCUGACUCUCUUGGCUCCACCUCCCAAGUGCUGAGAUAACAGGAAUGAGCCACCAUAUCUAGCCUCUCCAGGAAGCAGUUUAGUUCAGUCCCAUGGUGGUAUCAUUGCCUCUUGACAGGAGUGUGGAAUGGGCUACUGGUGGCGGGAUUAGAGAUUGCUCUCCUAAAACCCUCAUUAUGAGACCAUCUCUGUGAGGUCACCAUAGGAGGCAAGGCCAUGGAAUUGGCCAGACUAAGUUUCCCAAAUAUAGGUAACCCCUCUUGAGGGCUGAGAAGCUUGAGGCAGCUGGGCUUGAAGGGAGGUGGCUGAAUGGCAUUCAAGGGCCAGCACUAUCCCCAAACAAGAGGUUAAAGGCUCUCUGAGAGCCUCAUGGUCCUGAGCUUGCAGUGUCUCCUCUUCAUUAACCAUUUCCUUUGCCUCUUUUCAGGAAUUUCUCUGCUAUCAAGGAAGACAACAUAGGACCAGGACCAUCCCAUGGACCCUUCUGAGGACAUUCCAACAGCACAAGCCAGGGUUCUCCCCUAAGACACAAGGGGCCUGCAGACACUAUCCUUUGAGAAGUGCCAUGGUGGUCAGGAGAAGCAGAGGUAGCUCCCAGCAGUUGCCUGGCCUGGGAGGACAGGGUGGUUGUACAGGCUUCCUAGGCAUGUUUGGAGCUGCCUUGAUGCUCAUCAGCCUGCCAUUGGGGGCCCAAGUGAUGGCCAGUGCUAACGUCAGCACUGCUCUGGGCCACGCUAUGCCACUGACAGGUAGUCACUAUUUGAGCAUUGGGGACGGCUCAGUGACAGAGUUUGAGUUCCCUGAGAAGAGCGAGGGUAUCAUUGUGAUUUCUAGCCAGUACUCUGGACAGGCCAAUGGGACAGGCCCCAGCCCCACACUGAGGGUUCUAUCCCUGGACACAGAGGUGCUGACCAUCAAGAAUGUGAGUGCUAUAACCUGGGGCAGUGGGCGUGGCUUUGUGGUGAGCAUCCACUCAGGUCUGGCUGGGCUAGCCCCACUGCACCUCCAGCUCAUGGACCUCCAUGAGGCCCCGCCCCUGCUGAUCGAAGAACGGAGAGAUUUCUGCAUUAGGGUGUCACCUGCUGAAGACAUCUCUUCUACCCUCAACGCCAACUUGGGCCACUUCUCAGAGAACCCAAUACUCUACCUGCUCCUGCCUCUUAUAUUUGUCAACAAGUGUUCAUUCGGGUGCAAAGUGGAACUUGAAGUUUUGAAGGAGCUCCUUCAGAGCCCCCAACCCAUGCUGUUGGGCCUCUUGGGCCAAUUUCUGGUCAUGCCCUUCUAUGCUUUCCUGAUGGCCAAAGUCUUCAUGCUACCGAAGGCCUUGGCUCUGGGCCUCAUCAUCACCUGCUCGUCACCUGGCGGUGGGGGGAGCUACCUCUUCAGUCUCCUCCUUGGAGGAGAUGUCACCCUGGCCAUAUCCAUGACUUUCAUCUCAACAGUGGCUGCCACUGGUUUCCUCCCACUCUCAUCAGCCAUCUACAGCCGCCUUCUCAGCAUCCAUGAAACACUCCAUGUGCCCAUCUCCAAGAUACUGGGGACUUUGCUGUUCAUCGCCAUCCCCAUAGCAGCAGGUGUGGUCAUCAAGUCUAAGCUCCCCAAGUUCUCCGAGCUACUGCUGCAGGUCAUCAAGCCCUUCAGCUUCAUACUUCUCCUGGGGGGCCUGUUCCUGGCCUACCACAUGGGCGUCUUCAUCCUAGUGGGAGUCAGGUUACCCAUUGUACUGGUGGGCUUCACCGUGCCCCUGGUUGGCCUCUUGGUGGGCUACAGCCUGGCCAUAUGCCUGAAGCUGCCGGUAGCCCAGCGGCGGACAGUCAGCAUUGAAGUAGGGGUACAAAACAGCCUGCUCGCCUUAGCCAUGCUGCAGUUGUCUCUGCGCCGCCUUCAAGCAGACUAUGCUUCUCAGGCCCCUUUCAUUGUGGCACUGAGUGGUACCUCUGAGAUGCUGGCUUUAGUUAUUGGCCAAUUCAUCUACAGCAGCUUGUUUCAUGUUCCCUGAAUCCUCUGGAUCAAGUUUUAUAACCUCCAGCCCCCACACUCCACUCCCCACAGUUCUGUGUACCAAAGGCCUUUAGUUCUCAUGCACUAUGCACUCACAAAUCCAGGGGUUUUUUG